UUUUGUUGAAUCGAACGCUUCCUUUCUCCCCAUGUGUUUGACAGCAUACCUAACCUCACUUAUUUAUAACCUCAACCCGAAUGAAUAAAAAAGUUAUAAUGAAGACAAAUUCAACACAAAUUAAGCCUAAUACAUCACAAAAAGAUGAUUCAUCCUUUUCAUUUAAUUUCACAAAAAAAUCGAAAACACAACCUAAAGGUACUGUUUUUAAAAAGAAAACGUUAACAAAUAACGAUAACAAACAAGAGGGGAAUGAUGAAAGUAAUAAAAAUGUGUUUCAAGACAAAUUUAAAAGUGGUUAUGUUAAACGUAAACAACGGAAAGAUAAGUUAUUGGUGAAACAAGGGGUUAAUAUUGAAGCUAAAGAUAAAAAUCAGAAUCAAAAGAAAAAUUUUUCAUUAUUUGCGGAUAGAAAACGAGAUUUUUAUGUUGAUAGUAAAAAAGGGGAAUCUAUUUCAGAGGUUGUUUUUACGAAAGGGACUAAAUUUAAUGAUUUGGGGAUUCAUAAACAUUUGGUUUCAAAUUUGGAGAAAAUUAAUUUUAAUGUUUUAACUAAUGUACAAGAAAAAUCAAUCCCCGUUCUUUUAGAAAAGAAAAAUGCCUUAAUUCGCUCACAAACCGGUUCGGGAAAAACUUUGGCUUAUGCAGUUCCGAUUUUAAAUCGAUUACUUGAAUUAGAACCGCGUUUAAAACGCACCGAUGGUAUUCAAGUGUUGAUUGUGGUUCCAACUCGAGAAUUAGCACUUCAAACGAAUGAAGAAUUCAAAAAAAUUAAUACAUUUCAAUGGAUUGUUACCGGUUAUCUUUGCGGUGGUGAAAGUAGGAAAAGUGAAAAGGAUCGUAUUCGAAAAGGUGUAAAUAUUUUAAUAGGAACCCCUGGGAGGAUUUUAGAUCACGUUUUACACACUUCAGCAUUAGAUUUAAGUAAAAUAAAGUGUGUAGUGCUCGAUGAAGCCGAUAGAUUAUUAGAUAUGGGAUUUCGAAAGGAUAUUUUAAGUUUAAUCGAAAAAAUUGACUCAUCAAAAAUUCACAGUGAUUAUAACCCAAUUGAAAUGCUUUUCCAAAAAUCACAAAAUGAUAAUAAAGUCACCAAUAAAGAAUAUCAAACAAUUUUAUUAUCGGCAACUUUAACUAAAGAUAUCGCUGAAUUAGCCGAUUUAACCAUGAAAGAUCACGUUUCGAUCGAUGCGUUAGACGAAACUCAAAACGUUAACGAAAACGAUUUUAUUAUCCCAAAGACGGUAACCCAAGAGUGUUUAAUUGUUCCGAUUAAACACAGGUUGUUUACUUUGUCGUCGAUGAUCGUUUCGAAAUCGAAGAAAAACGCGAAAAUAUUUAUUUUUAUGGCGAGCACUCACAUGGUCGAGUUCCAUUACGAAUUAUUUUCAAAACACUUGGUGAAUAUGCCCAAAAAUCGGGGGAGACAAAAAACUAUGAAUUUUAACGGCGAAAAUGUCGUUGUUUUUGAUGAUAGCGAUGAUGAAAGUGAUGAUGAAGAAUUAGUUGUUGACGUUGAAUUUUUUAAAUUACAUGGUAAUAUGGAUCAAAAGGAAAGGAAGGAUGUUUUUGUUAGGUUCAAAAAUGCUCGAAAAGGGGUUUUAAUUUGUACCGAUGUUGCUGCUCGUGGUUUGGAUGUCCCAGAAGCUGAUUUAAUUAUACAAUACACUCCACCUCAAACUGAUAAAGAUUAUUUACAUCGAAUUGGCCGAACGGGUCGCGCUGGAAAAUCGGGAAUCGCAACGAUUUUUUUGACACCCGAAGAACAAGAAUACAUUUCUUAUCUAAAUAAUCAUAAAGUUUUUUUAAAAAAGAAAGAUACCCAAGAAUAUUUGAGACACCUUUGUGAUGUGAUGCGCGAAAAAGAUGUUGAAGAAGCCGCAACCGCGCUUCAAAGACACUUUGAAAAUGUUGUAAAUAAAAAUGGGGUUUUAAAAAAAAGCGCGUGUUUUGCUUAUUCUACAUGGUCAAGAUUUUAUAAUAGUUACUCAUCUUCGUUAAAAUCAAUCUUUAAUUAUAAACAAAUUAAUUUAGGGCAUUACGUAACUAGCUUUGCCUUAACGAUAACUCCAACGGAAGUGUCUGGAAUCGUUCGCGGGCAAAUUGGAAAAACCGAAAAAACGAGAUUAAACAAAAAACUAGCUAAUCACGCGUAAGUGUUAAUAAAU